CAAUCACCAUCAUCAUCUCAUUCAUCUCCAUCACCUAUGGAUAUCAUUCGGAAAGCGAAGGUGGUCCGGCUGAGGAGCCACCUGAACAAGUACCUAGUGGCGGACGACGACGGACAGAACACCCGACAGAGCAGCAGAGGCGGCGCGUCAGAGAAAGGGCGGUGGCGCGUCGAGCGUGUGGAGGGCAACGACCAGCUGGUUCGCCUCAAGAGCUGCCACGGCCGCUACCUGACGGCCUCCGACGACCCACUUCUCCUCGGCAUGACCGGCAACAAGGUGCUCCUGACCGCCCACCAAAACCUCAUGGACUUGCGUAUUGAAUGGCAGCCUGUCGAGGAUGGAUUUCAGAUAAAACUGAAGAGCUAUGGAGGAACGUAUUUGCGGGCAAAUGGUGGAACACCGCCGUGGAGGAACUCUGUAACGCAUGAUAAUCCUCACGCGACUUCCACAAACAACUGGAUCGUGUGGGUGGUCGAGGCGGCUGAUCAGCUCCCCGCAGAGAACGAAACAUUAUUCACAACCUCUUUCUCAACUGUGUCUAGCUUUUCAUCAUCAUUCUCCGAUGAACUCUCCGGUCUGGAUUCUCCAGUUUCACGACAGUCAAGUUUUUCUACGCCCACACCUGAGACGCCUACAAUCAGUGUGUCUGCAAUGGAGAUCUUCCACCGGGCUAAGGUGGUGCGGCUGCGGAGCCACCAUGAUAAGUACUUAACCGCAGAUGAGGAUGAAGAGUCAGUGACUCAAGACAGACUCGGUAGCUCCAUGAGUGCGCGUUGGAUGGUGGAAGUCCCGGAGAACACGGAUAACGUUAUCCGUUUGAAGAGCUGUUACGGCAAGUACUUGACUGCCUCGAAUAACCCGUUUCUGCUUGGAAUGACUGGCCGGAAAGUGCUGCAGACUUUGCCAAGUCACCUCGACUCCUCCUUGGAAUGGGAACCUGUUAAGGAAGGCACAAAGGUGAAGUUAAGGACAAGGAACGGGCAGUUUCUGAGAGCAAAUGGAGGUUUACCACCAUGGAAAAACUCUGUCACGCACGAUAUCCCGCAUAGAACGACGACAAAAGAUUGGAUAAUCUGGGAUGUUCAUGUUGUGGAUAUUCUUACAUGUCCUGUUCUUAAACCUCCACCUCCACUGGUUACUCACACAGAUUCAUUUGCUUCCGGAUCCAAUUCGCCUUCAACUCCUUCAACGCUUUCAACGCCAUCAUAUGCUUCUCCGAGCUUUUCUAGUAGAGAGACGCCUACAAUCACUGUGUCUGCAAUGGAGCUCUUCCACCGGGCUAAGGCGGUGCGGCUGCGGAGCCACCAUGAUAAGUACUUGACCGCGGAUGAGGAUGAAGAGUCGGUAACUCAAGACAGACACGGCAGCUCCCCGAGUGCGCGUUGGACGGUGGAGGUCCCGGAGAACACGGAUAACGUUAUCUGUUUGAAGAGCUGUUAUGGCAAGUACUUGACCGCCUCAAACAACCCGUUUCUGCUCGGUAUGACUGGCCGGAAAGUUCUGCAGACUUUGCCUAGUCACCUCGACUCCUCCUUGGAAUGGGAACCUGUUUACGAAGGCACACGGGUUAAGUUGAGGACAAGGAACGGGCAGUUCCUUAGAGCGAACGGAGGUUUGCCGCCAUGGAAAAACUCUGUCACGCACGAUAUCCCGCAUAGGACGACGACGAAAGAUUGGAUAAUCUGGGAUGUUCAUGUUGUUGAUAUUCUUACAUGUCCUGUUCUUAAACCUCCACCUCCAUUGGUUACUCACACAGAUUCAUUUGCUUCCGGGUCCAACUCGCCUUCAACGCCUUCAUAUGCUUCUCCGAGCUUUUCCGGUAGAGAGCUAUGGAGAUCUUUGAGAAAGUCAAGGUGGUCCCGCUGAGGAGCCACCUAGAUAAGUACGUACUUAGUGUCGGACAGAGAAUCAGAGGCGGCGAGUAAAGGCAGUUUGGUUACGCAUAUGCAAGUGCAACAAAUCACACGCUGAAUUUUGGUACAAUGUUUAGGACCUUGCAAGUAUCAAAGCUCUACAACUUUAUAGAGACUAAAUUGCAAAUUUUUGACAAAAUAUCCAAAGUUCACGAAUUGUAAUAGUAUAUCAGUUGAAUGUUCAGUAUUUAUCCAUUAAGAGCCCCUUUUAAAGUCAUUGAGAAUUUAAAUUCAAGUUGCCUCUACCACAUGUAUACUUUUUGAUGU